UCCGGUACUGUUCACGUAUAUACUCUGAAAUUAUAAUUAUAUUUCCAAUUUUUUUCCAACAGGAGAUAAGAAUAAAAUAUUUUGCUAUCGUGGCGAGCCUUGAAUGGUUCAUUUGAGUUCAUUUCAAGAUGAAAGUUGCAAGUUUUGCUUUGUAUUUUUCAAUUAUAGUUGAUAGCUGCGACGUUUAUCCGGUUCCUACCUACUGGUAUCUGAGAGUUUAUCUGCCGUUCAUGAAAAAUCUACAAAAUUUCUCAGCUCAGACCACAUCCAAUCGAUGUAGCUGUCUAGGUUAUGACAAUCACAUUUCUUAAAACCUCUCCCCAGAUUGGCGCAAAUCGUCAAACGAUGACAUCAAAGUGACUCCAAUUACGUAUAAAAGCUUCUAUUCUAUUACCGAUUCUAUUUUCAGAUUGGAAAUGGACAGUUUGAGGGUACGGAAAUCAAUGUAAACACACUUAAAACCAAUUUCCUAUUUUAGAUAGACAGUUGCAAAAUUUUAUGUUGAAGGAUCUAGCCGCAUAUAAAAGAGCGUGAUACUUUCAACAGUCGGCCAUCUGUUUAGUUUGUAGGGCAGAACCUACUGACGUCUUUGAUGUCAACGUCUUCCAAUAUUGGUAAGAAGAAUGGUACGUUUUCUUUUUCUUUCUCUUAGUGGCUAAAACAAUGUUCCAGAGCCCCUUUAAAGGCAGAUCGCUGUGCUGUAUAUUUCCAUAUAAUUUCAAGACACUCCAAAACCUUUGGCAGUCGUAAACCAAACAUUUAAUGAAUUGACAUUGAAGUAACGAUGGUUCAAAAUUUCAAGGAUAAAAACAUUACAAUAUCGAUCUCACAGAAGUUUGACUUCCAGCUCUGAAAUUUUGCCAAAGUCUUAAUCUACAUGUAAGACAGUCUUCGUGUUAAAUAUUGCCUAUAUACUAUACGAGCCUUUUAUUACAAUGUUCUGGCAAUAUAUUCACAUGUAUUUCAACGAGUUCAGGUCUCUUCCUGAAAGCUGUCUGUGCCACAUAACACAUAGAUUAAAAAAAUACAUGCCAGCUCGGCAGAUCAGAGAUUUUUAUGGCCAAAAAUAAUAAAAAUCUCUUGACAUCAAGUUUUGGCUUUGCGUUUUUGUGGGAGAAAUUAUCAGUGAGUAAUCUCUACUCCAAAUUAAAAUUUUAAUUUACAGAUCGAGUAUACGAAAUGUAAUGUACAUGUAAGCUGUGGCCAAAUUUGUGUUUGCCAAAUUCCAUCUGUUCAUCAGGUUUACUUGCAACAAAGAUUGGCAAUGCAUCAGCAUCAGAGCUAAACAAUUUUCAGUGUUAAGAGUUCAUUUGAGCUCGAGGUGAAAAUCUUAUACACGGCAGCGAAGAAGUUAGCGAUAUAGGUAAUUUGGAAUAUCUGGACCGCCGAUAUCCUAGAACAGUUAAGCCAAUUACCCCUAUAUCUAAUAUAUUUUUUGCCCAGUGUAAUAUCCAAAAACCAUUAAGGCUAAUAUCUUAGUCUAGUCAUGGGGUACGCAUUAUACAACGACCUUAAACUCCUAUCACUUUUAGAAAAAAGAUCUUCGCCAAGUAGCUUCACCGACCUGUUUAUUUACGCUCCUUUCAAGAUGAGAUCAAUCUCUUGUUCCCCGUUAACCAAUGAACUGACCAUAAUCACAUUUCAUCUUUUUCCAUUGAUAAGUUCUAAGAGCGUUUACUAACAACAAAAUUGCCAUAAGGUCAUUAUCAGCAGCUUCAGUCUUCCCAAAAUAUAUAUUUUUUAUAGCAUUAUAAGCACAUUUCUACUAUGUGACAAAAACUUAAAUUUUACAUGAUUUAAAACUUGUAAAACGUUGAACGGACCUUGUCUGCAUUUUUCUGAUUAUCAUCAGAAAAAUCGCCCAUAGAUACUGAAUGUUGAUUCAACAAUUAAUUCUUCGUUGGCAAGACCAAUUCUGUCAAUCUCAAAACAUGCAUGAGCUAGCUUGUUCAACUUUCAUCUUAACACAGCCUAAAUUUCCUGAAUUUUCAUUAUUAUUCUCUUUCUCGUGAGGGAAGUUUAAAUAUUUAAAACUGUAGACACAUCUACAAACUGGAGUGCAUGUUAAUUAUUCACCACAUAAAAUUGGAAGUAUUAAUGCUUCGGUUUUUUUUUUCUGCCAAUCAAGUUCGCAAAAUCCCCACAUUCACUAAUUCUGUAACUUUCUGCGUUGCUGAACGUAACGUGACUCACAUGUUAAUUAUCCAAGAUAGAAAUUGCCGUCAUGUUUUGCGAGGAGCCAAAUCGCUCAAUGAAAUGAAAUAUCUUUAUGACGUCAACACGAAUGGCUUAUUUAUAUUUUUGACAUUGGCAUCGGAUAGGAUUCUGGGGUUGUUUUUGGCUUAUCAAUUUCACCUGCCCCUUUUUUUUCUCAAGUACACGGUCAGACAGUAUUUUAGCUUCCAAACGAGGUUUUUGGUCAUUAGGAGUUUUCUAAAGCGUCACAUUAGCAGCUAGCGGAAGGCAAAGAGAUAACUCUUUGCAUACGAAGUUCACCUUGCAAGUCGACGAACAGUACAAAUGUUGUAGAGCUCGCUUGGGUAAGAAAAAAUUGAAAAGAUUGAAAGUUCAAUGUAUUUUACAUCACUCAAUAUCAUUUAUGCUUUAGCAGAUUAGGCGCAAAAACAAAAUUGAGCGAUUGCACAUUUUCGACUAUUUCCACCAAUUUGAGAGCUGAUACAAUUCGGAGACCAAAUUUUUGCUCUCAUGGUUGAGCUUAGUAGGAAAUCUUUCUGUUGUUCAUUUUCAUUUGAUUACUUUUUGCAUGUGUAGAUAAGGCGGUGCAAUGCCUUGUCUCCUAGUUUUCGGUUGUUUCUCUUCAUAUAAAGAUAAGUAAACGAUUAAUUCCAGUUAUCUUCGAAAAAAGCAUGAAAGUUAUAACAUCUCGUAUGUUCGACGUUUGAGAGCUGAUACAAUUCGGACACCAAAUUUUUGCUCUCAUGGUUGAACUUACUAGGAAAUCUUUCUGUUGUUAUCAUUCUCAUUUGAUUACUUUUUGCAUGUGUAGUAUAAGUAAACGAUUAAUUCCAGUUAUCUUGGAAAAAAAAACAUGAAAGUUAUAACAUCUCGUAUGUUCGACAUGAUUCGUUAUUCCUAAUAAAAAUACGAAGUCUGAAUACAAUGUGCUAAAAAGCACACGUUCAGAUAUUUCCUCAACUGAUCAAACAGGAAUUCGAUCGGGCGACAAUUACGCUGCCAAAGUGCUGUAAACAAAGAGUCAGCCUUUCUAUUUAAACAGGAUAAACUGUUCGUGAUCUUGACUGGAUAAGAACGUUGUUUUUCCUUUUUAACCAUUUCUGAAUUAAGAUUGCAUCAUUUGUUGCCCCCUAGUUUCUGUAAUACUUGCAAUCAGUGUGAUAUAAGCUGUACUUGUGCUGCUUUUCUUAGAUUACGUUAUGAAGCUCGGCUCUUUAUUUAAUGCCUGUGUUUUUAAUAAUGUUUUAUUGACUACACCAACACCGAACUGCCAAGCUUCCUACAAAUAUGAUUGGUUCGUUCGCAGAUUAGUAAUAAUGAAAACCUUUCAGGAGUUGCCUAUCUAUGUUAAACCUGUUUGGGAGAUUUAUUCCAAAAAAACAUAGCAACUAUUGUAUUUUUUAGUUUUCUCAUUUUUAUUACUCAAUAUCAAGAUUUGUUUCAGUUUUUGGUAAAGCAAAACGAAAACAGGACUUUGAUAAUAGGGAUCGAUAAUUUUUCAGUCAUUGAAUAAGUCUGAAGGAUGUAAACAUUAAGGUUAACUAAUGAAAAAGUUCACAGCUUUAAACAAAAUGUUAAAGGGAUAAAUUUGUUUUAGGUGACAAGUGCAAGCGCUUUCACUGCCUUUUAAGCUAAACCAUUGUAGCAUGAUGUAAAUUAAUUUGCUUUGUACUUGCUUGGCAGUUAUCACCUUAAAUCACUUCCGAUUCUUUGAAAAACGUUUUCUAUGAAAUAAUUAAACGUCACUUACUAAAUAGAGCAAAAAAACUUGCUUGCUUGAUAAUUUUUGUAUUUCUUGCAGAAACGAAAUCUUAAACAGCAUCGCAUAAUUCAGUCUCAAAUGAGAAACUGUCUAAGUUUGGCAAACCUUCAACCAUUAAGCUUAUUUAUUAACAUCUCUACGACGUACUGUCAUUUCAUUUACGUACUUUUUAAUUGAUUUGUUACAGUCUAGAAUUUUAAACAUCUAGAUAUAAAGAUAACUGGUUGUUUUUCCCACGUCAUAGUUAUCUUAGACCUCAGCAAUAAAACUUUUCAAGAGGGCUAACUGCGCUGAGUUGUUUUGAGCAAUAAAUUUGAUUAUAAACUCGGGCUAAACGUUAGAACUAAAUUAAAUGAAAAAUGAUCAAUGUCUUAUAGUCGCCAUUUAUUGACUAAUUAUUACUGGUAUUAAAUAUGGCUACAGGACGCAACAUUCUCGUUUUGAAAGCGAGGCUCUUGACCUUCUAAAUACAUGUUAUAUUACACAUUGAUUUUCGACCCUUUGCAAAAAGUCAUUGUACGAAAUCAUUUCAAUAUGAAAAGAGAUCUCGAUAGGAAAUUAUCUGACUUAAGUGUCUUCUCUCAUAGAAACUGACAGCUUUCACAGUGAUAAAUUGAACAAUAGUAAACACGUAGUCUAUGGAAAAUUCAUACCACUUAGCCCCAGGUUAAAAAAAAUAAUUGAAAUCAAUUAUUUUAUGCUCGCCACGCGUACCGCACAAGUACCGCACAAAAAACGUGGCUCAGUGUUUCCAUCUCGCUCGACGCCAACAUUGAUAUCAUUAGGAGAACGCGAGCACAGUUUUCUGCCGAACAAGAGGUAAGCCGUUAUGAUGAAAGACGCUAUUGUUCAUUUUUAAAGCCGGUAAUUAAUCUCGCUGUACAAUCUCGUGUCAGCCAUUUCGUGCACAACAAACGCUUGGAUUAACUUGAAUGGAUAGAGACAUUUGCAAAAGUGAAUCUGCAUUUUUUCUAUAUAGCAAAACGGUUCAAUUUCGAGAAGCGAGAUCGACUUGAACCAACAAAAUCUCACUGAAAAUGACUUCGUCGUGGUAUUUCUUGCAACUUUUUCAAAUUCUACCUUCUGUUUCAAACAUGUGCUUAAAUUAAUCAGUAUGGCGGCUUCAAAGGAGCCAAAAAACAAGAUAAGGGUUUUGCAAAAUAGUGCCGUUUGGAAAUUGGCUUUUUUAAUUUAUUGCCAAUAAUUGUACAAAGAUUCCUUGUUUUCGAGUCUGCAUAUUAUUCAGCCAGGUUUUGGCUGCGACUAGUGUUUCGAAUUUAGAUAUAAGAUGGACUUCACGCGAUUGGGCCGACAUAGGCGUUUCCACUAACUCUUGAAAAGUCAAGACCUAUUCGGUAUCGUGUGAACACUCUAUUAUCGAAGCAACACAAAAACCCAGCUACUACAAAGUAUUUGCUUCUCUGUUAUGAAGAAACUGGAGAAAGUCUCGUAGGGUUUCGGCGUAUGAAAGAUUUAUGACCAAAGGUGUAUUUGACAUGGUUUUUGCGUUGGCACAAAAGAUAUCCGGUUUAGUGUAAACAUGGCUUGAGCUAAAGAGACUUGACUGAGACUUCAACAACUUUCAGCUUGUCAGCUGAACAAAGACAAAAGGAAAAUAAAUACUAGAAAAGGUGCUGCACUGAUACGAGUCUUGUCAUAGUGAGUCAGUGACGUCUCAAUAAGACAGUCAAGAACACCUUUUGAUCGACAUUUCAUAUUUUAUCGUUGCCCUUAUCUUUGUUUUGUUCCCAAUCCGGUGACUCUUGUUUUCUCGAUUGGAGAACUGAGCUCAUUCUGUUAAUUUUCAGAAAAACGAAGCUGACAAAACGUAUUGUCUAAGGAAGUAGUUCGGACAGACAAAAAGUCCAUAUCCAAUCCAUAAUUAUAAUCUGAGUCCAUAAAUCGGUUAAGCAAUGCCUUCAAGGUCUUACAUAACCCAACUUUACGCGUGACGUCGAUAUCAUAAGAAACUCUCGUUAAGAUACAUCGUCACUUACAAAAAUAACACAAAAAGUUUCGUUUCCUAGGCAACUUACAUUUUCAAAAGUGACGGUUAGAGUCUUUGAAGAACCAUUUACAUCGUUUAGGGGUCUGGAACCUAGUGUUCUGGAUUGACGAAAGCUAAGAGUAGCAGUUGUUUACACAGGAUUUCAGACGUUAAAUGAUUUAGCUGCCAUGAAUCCCUAAGUAACGUAACCGGAUUACAAUAUAUUUUUUGGAAAACUGUAGGAACAGUUUGGGUUGUUUAGCAUGUUUUUGUUUAUGUUCAAAACAUCGUUGUAAGUCAUGACAUCUUGAGUGAAACCUUGAGUGAAAUUUUGCAGCGAAAACUUUCUAAAAUCUUUAAGAGCGGCUUGCAAUAAUGAUGGCGAGGAGCAAAUUUGGAUGCGAUGGCAGAUGAGCGUGCGAAUGAGAUUGGUUUUGUACUUGUGAGAUGUGAAUGAAUCCCAUUUAUUCUAGAGGCCUAUGAACUAAUGUAUUUUCCGGUAAACGGAUGUCUCAAAAAGUGUUGUUAAGGCAGUGUUUGAGAAGUCUGAAAAGGGACUCUUACUGUUUUGUCAAAAUUAAAUAGUGAAUUUGAUGCUAUUGUCUCAAAUGUUUGUAUAACGUAGACGCGCAUUAGCAGUGUCUUUUCUGUCAAAUUAUGUUGAACGUCGCAUCAACACAUCUACACCAAAAUGAAGGAAAGAAUCUGCCGUUCAUUACCUAUCUCUCUUCAAAGUGGCACAUGACAAUGCUAAGCAAAACAAGCCUAAAGGUGAAACAGUGGCUACUCCAGGUCGUACUAAUGGCAAUCAAAUACAAAAUGGUUCUUGUUAGGGGCAAAUUCCCGAUAAUAAAUUCUGUAAAACUACGAAGUAAUUUUGGGGCAACAGGAAGAAAGUACAGCUUGUCGAGACAAAUAUGUAUUGUUUCAUCAAGUGGCACAUUUGCAAAUAGAGAAGUGACAUCCAAAGAGCACAUUAUUUCGUUGCCAUGUUUUGUACACGAUUUGGCCCAGUCUGCAAAACUAAAUGAAUCUUCAACCAUGUGCUGGUUGGUGGAAAUUGGCUGAAGUUUGUAAGUAAGGUUACAUCACAACCACCCGCCACGUUCAGUUUAUACUGAAAAAAAAGACAACAGAGGUGUGAAACAGAAACAAGUUGAAUUCAGGAACAACUCUAUAACGGGAAUAUUGACUGCAAAGAAACUCGCUGAUAGAAGUCCAACAGCAUGGCUUUUAACAAUUCAUCUACCACAAAAACCGACCACUUAACUUACACUCCUUCGGAAAAGAUCGCCAUAGUGUCAGCGAACAUGCUGCUAUUUUGCCUUGCAAUCCCAGCGAAUGGAAUUGUCAUAACAGUCAUAUCACGUGUACAGAACGUGCGGACGCCUACAAGUACAUUUCUUCUGAACUUGUGCAUCGCGGACAUUUUAAUAGCCUCCUUGUACAUCCCGUUUGUCACGGUGGAUCUGUACGUCAUUGAUUAUUGGGUGUUUGGAGACUUCAUGUGUCGACUGGUCUCUUUCCUGUUUUACCUGGCAACGAACUUCUCUAUUCUGAUCCUGACAGCUAUCUCUGUUGAGCGAUACAUUUCCGUCUGUCUCCCGAGGCAGAAGCGUUUGACAGCCAUGAUAGCUACUGUAACUACAAUUGCCUUAUGGUUUGUUGCUGCAAUCGCUGCCCUGCCAAUGUUAAUUGUCAGAAAAUCUGUUCCCAAUCGUUUGUUUGGCGAAAACGUCGAGUUUUGCGUGGAAACCUGGUCAUUUAAGUACGCAAAAGUCUACAGAACGCUUAUUCUGACUGUAUUCUACGUAAUGCCACUUGUUGUCAUGGCCUUGGUCUAUUACAAUAUCGGCAGGAAAGUGUGGGCAAGCGCCGAUAAAACGCGAUCAAUGAAGCUCUCGACAAAGCAUGCCUCCAACUCUAAACUCCGCCUCACAAAGAUAGCACUGGCGAUUAUAUUCAGCUUUACGGUGUCCUGGACUCCGUGGAAUAUAAUGACUAUAUUGUUUUACUUCGACCGGAAAAAUUAUCCAUACUCGGAACACGCAGCCCAUGUGGUAUCUCCCAUGAUAUACUUCGUUGCUUUCUCCAACUGCGCCCUCAAUCCACUUCUGUAUUGCUACAUGAGUCAAAACUUCAGGAAAGCGCUGCAGAUUUUUCGGAAACGACAUUCGCGUCGUGACCUUGGAGAUUCGAUAACUGCCUCUUCAAGAUCUUCUAGAUCAAGCUUUAGACGUUUUAGCAGACGAAGCAAAAGAAACGCAGAACAAGCUGCCGACGAGCUGAACGACGCGCCGCCUGAGGAGAAGGGAACUCUUCGGACCAACUCGGAGAAUCACGAUUGUUCCCGAACAAGCCAGCCCUCCGCGAACCACACCAGGGAAUCAAUUCUGAUGAUGUCGGCGUUGUAGAGAAAUCUCUUUCAGAUGCUGUACUGUAUUAGCUAAAGUAACCCGUUUAGACGAACCGUAGGGUUUCUAAGAAUGUAUUAAACUUUUUAGAAGACCUUUUCGAUGAAACUUUCCAGCAUUCCAACAAACAAAGGCGCCGAAGUCAGGGUAGACAAAAUUCAAAAAAAGGAUAAAACUGUCCAGCUAAUCUUGCUCUGGUGCUCUUGUUCGUGUGCGCUGAAGUGAAAUGAGGAGGGAUCUGCUACCUUUUGCAGGCGGAAAUAAACACGUAUGAAUUUGGAUCGAAACAAUGAAGGUCAACAUCUGUCAAAUACAGUUGACUCUUAAGUUUUGUUUGUACUUUACAGUUACGUUUCUUGUCUGUAUUAUAGUUUAUUUCAUUCUUCCUCAUCGUCACGUUAAGCUAGAUUAGUGACCAUCUCUUGAGGUCCAUAAGUUCUGGACUUAAGCUUAAUGGUUUCAGGCACUAAAUCUAUGAGACAACAAGUUGUAAGUGAGCUUGAAAUUUUAGAUCAUAGAUUCCAACUCUUAACUCGGGGGGAGGGACUAGUUGAUACAUUCGGCAAUGAGAGCGAUUCACUAUAGCUAACCUCAGGCUAACCUGAUACAUACCGGCAGGACAGGUGUGAAAACUGUUCUUUCCAGGCAUUUUCCAGAGAAGAUCUCAAAGUGUUGGUUUAAAGGUGGUCAUUUACAUUGAGUGCCCUCGUGACUUCGAACUUGUGAAAGCCGCUGCAGGAGAGAUAAUAGAAUUUGUUAAGGAUAACUAAGAAAGUCCAAAAUCCCAUAGAAGUGGUUUUAGAAUCUCUCUGAGUUAGAUAGUUCAGGGCUGUCGUUACGUUUUUAGUCAACGGUUGUUCUCCAAACCCGUAGCCGUUACUUUGUGUCUGAAUUCUAUCAACAACAGGCAAUUUCAUACACCCGUUGCAUCAAGGGAAAAUCCAGCAUACUCUGCCGUAACAGGUGUUACGGGUUACAGCCCUGGAUACAACUCCAAAUUGACCAGUAAUUUAAACAGUUCCGUGCAUUAACAGGUGUUAUAAUAUUGAUAGGACCCUGCGCGCGCUCUGAUUGGUCAAAAACCCGUGUUUUAUCAGAGUAUAAAACAUAGAAAA